UAUACAGUUUACUUGAUAUCUUGUUGAGGCUUUAAAUAUCUUCAUUGAAUUAACUUUGUUUUAUGUUUGUCACAAAACUAAUAAUAAUAAUAAUAUAAAAGCAAAGAUACUGAACAAUCUUGUUAAAUUGCUAAAAGGUGAAAUUUACAUUUUCCGGAAAAAAACAAAACUUUAUAAAAUACAUUGUAGGUGUUUGACACAAUUUGAUUGGCCGUUUCACUUGUGGCAAACCUACUCAGUAGCCAAUCAAAACAGACGUCAGCCUCGGCAGUGUACGUGUUGCGUAAUACAGCCACACUGCGUAAUUAGGAGUCAACUCUGCAGUCUUUUGCUUGCUGUAGCUGUUUGGAACACUGCACGCCCACUGUGCUUCCAAGCAGCAAACCCCUUAAAGAAAAAGGGAAACGACAUAAUGGCGGCAGCAUCUUCCCCUCUGGACCCAGACCUAUUGAGAGAAGUACUUGAGUGCCCCAUUUGCCUGGAGACUUACAACCAGGAACAGCUGCGACCCAAACUCUUACAGUGUGGCCACACAGUAUGUCGACUGUGUCUGGAGAAACUGUUGGCGAACACCAUCAACGGCGUGCGCUGCCCCUUCUGCAGUAAGGUCUCCCGUAUGAGCAGCAUCUCCCAGCUGGCGGAUAAUAUCACUGUGCUGAAGAUUAUAGAUUGCACCGUGUCCUGCAGCGCUGCCGCUGCUGCACUGAUGUGCAAAUCCUGCUGUAGCCGCCUACCAAGGCAGUACUGCCACGACUGUGCCAUGGUUCUUUGUGAGCUGUGCAAAGUUGAGGACCACCUACACCAAGGCCACUCAGUCCAGACCAUAAGGCUCGCUGCCGAGCAGCGCCGUAAGGAACUUGGAGGCAGGCUGGCUGUUCUUCGUGAUGUCAUGGGAGAGAUUCAGAAGAAAAAGAGAGCAAUAGAAAACAUUUCCAAGUCGCUGAAACUGAAGUACCGGUCAUUUCAGCAGGCGUACGCUACGGCGGAGCAAAGCAUUCAAGAGGAAAUGAGUCGAUCACGAAUGGCGUUCACAGCCUCAAUGGGGGAGGUGGAAAAGAUAAACUCACAGGUCUUAGAGGAGCAGGCAUAUCUCCUCAACAUUGCAGAGGUAAAGGUCGUGUCACGCUGCGAUUUUCUGACUAUGCAGGUCAGGCAGAGUGACACCGCUUUAUUAAAAGACGACGGCCCCAGCUGUGAUGAUGACGAACUGGAUUUGAGGAGCAGUUUGCCUUCACAGUUCCAGCUACAAGAGCCAGGACUGGUCCAAGUGGAGCACUCCAAACCUUUAGAAGUGGGUCACGUAACCACAAACACUUACACUGUCAAUACAGAUGAUCAAGGGGGUUUAGAAGCUGCACAUGACGGGGAUUUGGACGGAGUCGUUGCCACGCUGGGAGCCACCGGUGGUGCUGUGGGGUUUUCGAUGGAUCUUUACAGAGACAUGGACAUGGUGACAGGUGUGGAGGAAGCAGGAUGUGACUCACCCGCCAGCUUUAAAUCCAAGUCCAUGGAUGCGGGUGGAGGAUCACCGGCUGGGGCAAGUUCAGGCCCUCCCGUCUGUCAGUUUGUUAAGAAAAUGGGCUGUAAAGGGACACUGCCUGGCAUGUUCAAUUUACCAGUCGGCAUAUGCGUAACAGGACAGGGUGAGGUGCUGGUGGCCGACCGUGGCAACUGCCGCGUCCAGAUUUUUAACCGCAAAGGCUUCCAGCGCGAAAUCCGACGGAAUGCCAGCAGCAUCGACAACUUCGUCCUGAGUUUCCUCGGGGCUGACUUGCCUAACUUGGUCCCCCUAUCAAUCGCCGUGACCCCACAAGGCCUGAUUGGUGUCACCGAUAACUACGACAACUCUGUCAAAGUGUACACUAUGGAUGGGCACUGCAUUGCUUGCCACAAGAACCAGUUGAUAAAGCCCUGGGGGAUCACAGCCAUGCCAUCGGGCCAGUUUGUAGUGUCAGACGUGGAGGGGGGAAAGUUAUGGUGUCUUGCAGUGGACCGCAACGUGGGCGUGGUCAGCUACAACCGACUGUGCUCUGCUGUCCGCCCCAAGUUUGUCACAUGCGAUGCAGCAGGAACAGUUUAUUUUACUCAGGGCCUGGCUCUGAACUUCGAGAAGCGUCAGAAUGAGCCCCACCUGGAGGGGGGCUUCUCGAUUGGUUCAGUUGGCACGGACGGCCAGCUCGGCAAACAGCUCAGCCAUUUCUUUUCUGAGGCAGAAGACUUUCGGUGCAUCACUGGAAUGUGUGUGGAUGCCAACGGGGAUCUGCUUGUUACAGACAGCGGGAGAAAAGAAAUCCUGCAGUUCCCCAAAGAAGGUGGAUUCAAUGUUCUCAUCCAGGACGGGCUGACCUGCCCUGUGGGCGUGGCCACCACUCACAAAGGACAGUUGCUCGUCCUGGAUUGUUGGGACCACUGUGUCAAAGUCUUUACCUACAUUCAAAGGAGGCAUUCUUCCACUUCCUAAAACAACUGACAGAUUCCUAACUUGGUAAUGAAAGGAGGAAGUCUGUAUUGAAAGAAGAAACAAAAACAAAUAACCUUCAAAUUAAACAUAUUUUAAUCUAGCUUCAGUUUGAAAAUGGGUUUAGAAAAUCAAGACAUUUUCAAAAUUCUAAGGUUGCUUUUUUUUCAUUUCAGUUGUAAAGUAUAUAUAGUAUUGCACCAAAUCCUUUGCAUUUCCAGUGCAUGUUUAGAUCAAACGCACUACAAGCAAAGGAUGCUGCUGCUGCUGUCAAAGGCUUUUCAAGGUGCAGAGAAAACUCCUUUCCUCUGCUAUUUGAUGCCACAUUUCCAUUUUUUUAGCCCGACUAUCAGUUGAACCCUUCAUGGGAUUUUUUGGUUUUGUUUGUAGCUUUGCACAAAACCCCUGGAAGAGAAGCUCAAAUUAAACUUGUACUUAUGUAUAAAAUAAAGCAUAUUCAGGCAUUUGCCCGAUGAAGCACUUUAUUACCGACACCUCACUGUGUCCUAUAGCAUUAGGGUCUAGUAGCACACUCAGUCUGUGGCUUUUAAAGUUUUGUGCAAUUGAUCUAAAGGCAGUAUGAAACCAGAUACCAGCAACAGUCAGGGAACAAUAACUACCAAUUUGCUUCAGGAAAAUAAAAGAAAAAAGGUCCUGCAAAAUCCAAACCUUAGGAAUUUACAUGGAUUUAUAUUUUGCAUUGCAGCAUGCAAAGUUAGAGGAAGAAAAUGUUUUGUUUGAAAAAGCUAACUCUGAGGCUAUUUCAACUUUUAUACAUUAUUUUCAGUUUGUUUUUUUUACUGUUAUGCUUAGGAAUUAUAUUAGGAAUAUCAUAUACCAGUCUAUAAAUGUAUACUUUUUUUUGCCAUGGAGCAGUGUUCUGCCUAAGAGAUCAACACAAAUAAAUUACUGCCUUAUCAAUAGAAAUAAAAAAUAGACUUUAGCCCUUUUAUUAUAGUGAUGAGCACAUUUAAAAAUAAUGUAUAGACAUGCUUCAAAGCUACAGUUAAUACAUUUAGUCAUUUUAAGAGUUUUUGUGAUGUUUUUUUUUCCUUAAGCAUUUUAUGAUCUGUGUGAUUUGAAAGUCAACACUUAGUAAGAUGUUUCUGUGUUCAUGUUUAUUUCUGAUCUCAAGCAUUCAAAGCAACCACAGCUGCAUCUUAAACAUGUCUUCCAUGCUAAAUGAUUACACAUGGAGAACAAUACAAGGAUCUGCCUAACCAAUAAGACGCCCAUUUCUAUUGCAAUGCCUUUAUUUACGGGUCAUUAGCAACAAUGGGGUCGUGUUUAAGUUCCUUUUGCGCUGGGCUUUUGUUCUUUGUGCACUAUUGAGAUGUUAUUUAAUGCCAACACUGCCCUGUUUAUGUGAUAUUCUUCUAUUCUUCUGUCUAUGCUCAAAAGUCAAUUUUGGUUUAAGCUGAAUAGGCUAAUCUGCCUGUAUUUCAUCAAAUCUGCUUAAUCAUAGACCUCUUUUGCAUUUAUGACUACUGUUUUUUUCCCCCUUAACGGGAAGUAGUUGUGUGCUACUGUGUCCAUCCCUAAAGAAAAUCCCAGUUUCUGUUGGAAAAAGUUUAUGGUCACCUUAAGGAAUAUUCAAACUCCAAAAUUACUUAAAGGAAUAACAUUUCUUUUUAAGAUUUUGUUUGAGUUAGGAGUUUUCAUCUGAAACAGCUAUUUUGGUUUCUAGUGCUUUGGGGUUCAACUUGAAAUUUGUUGUUCAUUAAUAUUCAUUAGUUUGCAAAGAAAACUAUAAACAUUUUGAUUAAUUUAAAGAUCACAUUACAACUUAAUUGAAGUCAGAUUCUAUUUUCUUCUGACCCAGUUUCAUCUUUAACAUGUUUUUUCUAAUUGUAGGUUUUUCUUUACACCAAGCUGACCUUAACUGUAUUGGAGCCUGACGUGUAUAAAAAUGGACUAAAGCUUUAUUUCUUUUUUGUUGUUGUAUAAUCUGCUUAAAGACGUAAAGCGAAAUUCAAAAACAAGCUCAAGUGUCAAACUCACCAUGGGUAUUUCCUCUGUGCUUUUUCUUUUAGAUCAUAGAUUUGAUUUAGGUUGUACCAUGUAUACUUUUAGUAUUCCCCACAUGCCAUCUGAUAAUCAGAGUAGUAAUUAUAAAUGCAGUCAUUACAAUAGAUGAAGAGAGAAAGCUGCAUUAAAUCAAGUGUCCUUGUGUCAGUGUGGUGAACGUUUAAGUGUCUCGCAUACCAUAAUCUGAAUUUGUUUAAUUUGACAUAGAUGUCAUCUCGUACUACUGAUCUCUGGUGGUGUUUUUUUUUUUUUCCUUCUGCAAUGAACCAAACUCUUGUCUUUUUUUAUGUUCUUUAGAAACAACACUGUUAGAAAUGUUGAACACAUGUACUCCACUUCAUGUUUGUAAUGUUGAUCAUCAGAGUGCAAUAAAUAUUUAUGAUCCAAACAUUAAAAA